GGCUCCCAGACACCAUGGGGAAGCUAGUGGCGCUGACCGUGCUGGGGGCCAGUUUGGCCUUACUGGGGGAAAGGCUUCUGAAUUUUAGAGAACGAGUUAGUACCUCUCGAGAAAUAAAGCCCACAGAACCACAGAACUGCCACUUGAUUGAGGGACUUGAGAAUGGCUCUGAAGAUAUUGAUAUACUUCCUAGUGGGCUGGCUUUUAUCUCCACCGGACUAAAAUAUCCAGGUAUGCCAAGCUUUGCACCAGACAAGCCAGGAAGAAUCUUCCUGAUGGAUCUGAAUGAGCCAUACCCAAAGGCACAAGCACUGGAAAUCAGUGAUGGGUUCGACCAGGACUCACUGAAUCCCCAUGGGAUCAGCACUUUCAUCGACAAAGACAACACUGUGUAUCUUUAUGCUGUGAAUCACCCCCACAUGGACUCCACGGUGGAGAUAUUUAAGUUUGAAGAACAACCGCGUUCUCUCGUCCACCUGAAAACCAUAAAACAUGAGCUUUUCGAGAGUGUGAAUGACAUUGUGGUUCUUGGGCCAGAGCAGUUCUAUGCUACAAGAGACCACUACUUUACCAGUCAUUUCUUGGUACUUCUGGAGAUGAUCUUGGACCCUCACUGGACUUCUGUUCUUUUCUACAGCCCCAAAGAGGUCAAAGUAGUAGCCCAAGGAUUUAGUUCUGCCAAUGGGAUCACAGUCUCACUAGACCAGAAGUAUGUCUAUGUAGCUGAUGUAACAGCUAAGAACAUUCACAUAAUGAAAAAACACAAUAAUUGGGAUUUAACUCCAGUGAAGGUAAUUCAGCUGGGCACCUUAGUGGAUAACCUGACUGUUGAUCCAGCCACCGGAGAUAUUUUGGCAGGAUGCCAUCCUAACCCCAUGAAGCUCUUGAUCUAUAACCCGGAGGAUCCCCCAGGAUCAGAAGUACUACGCAUCCAGGAUCCUUUGUCAGAUAACCCCCGGGUGAGCACACUGUAUUCGAACAACGGCUCUGUGCUUCAGGGCAGCACCGUGGCUUCUGUGUAUCAUAAAAAAAUGCUCAUAGGCACAAUAUUUCACAAAGCUCUCUAUUGUGAACUCUAGAUCUUCCUAAAAAUCUUUAUAUUUGACAGAAGUAAAAUUGUAAUUGUUUGAUAAGGGGAACUGUAAUUCUUUACAAUUACCAGUGACAGUAUGUAUGGCUUUUCUUAUGGAGAAAAGUAAGUGAGUAUAGAAACUUACAUACACAAAAUCAAGAGUCAGGUUAGUAGCAAGGCAACCAGAAACCCAAGUGUUCUGCUACAUUUAAUAUGCCCAACAUUCUGUAUACGCUGUGAUGUGUAGGCUGUGACCAUUUAGGUUUCCCACUCACUUGAACUUGUGCCCCUUGUUAUCUAUCCAGCAAUGUCACCUCCUACACCUGUGAUAGUCUGAGGCUUCUGCAGUCCAUAGAAAUAAAGAAGCUAGUGGCUAACUA